AUGCACCGGUCCACGAGCAAGGCAUCGAAGCAGAGACGGGAGCUGAUCAAGACGGAGAUUGACCGGCUGAGGGAACUACUUCCCUUACCCAACGCCGUGAAAGCUCGCCUGUCCUUCCUGCACGUCAUGUCCCUGGGCUGCGUCUAUGUCCGUAAGGGCCAUUACUUCAAUCAAGAUCAAGAUGUGGUGCCACCUGUGCCCAUCUGGGAUGACACCUCACCGUUCGAUUUCACACAGGCAUUACACGGGUUUCUCUUGGUCAUGACAAGGGAGGGAAAACUCCUCUACAUAUCGGAAAACGUCACUGAUUAUCUCGGUCACUCCAUGGUGGAGCUUCUGUCAACAGGUGGCGAUUUGUACGAAGUAAUCGAUCCCAGAGAUCACGCUGUCGUCCGGGGACAAAUGGCCGUCGGUUCCAGCUGUGGCGGUGCCGAAGCCGAAUAUCAGCCGGUGUCCCAUAAACAACAAUAA